UUCCUGGUUGUGUGUUUUAAUUUAAUAUUAGUUACUAGUGUUAUGUCCGUCCCCUUGAAUGUAUGUCACGUUAACGCUUCGUUUGUUAUUACCUUAAAAGAAAAAAGAGCUCGUUAAGCCCCGCCUCCUCUGCCGCGGAGUGGCGGUGAGUAAAUCCACGACACCUCUGCUCUUCUCUUCCGGGUUGGUUCUGGAGUUUACAGCCGGUGUGAGCGGAGACACGUGCAACAGGUCCAGGUCCUCCUCCAGGUCCAGGUCCUCCUCCAGGUCCAGGUCUUCCUCCAGGUCCGGGUCCAGGUCCUCCUCCAGGUCCAGGUCCUCCUCCAGGUCCAGGUCCAGGUCCUCUGGUGUAGCUCCUAUCUGAGCCUAGAGGAGUCUGGUCUGAGGAGUGACUCCAGGACAGGAGCUGUGAUGUCAGUGAGGAGGUGGUAAUGAGGAGGUGUCAGUGAGGAGCUGUGGUUGAGCCCGUUGCUACGUAUGAGGCAUCAUUUCAUUGAUCCUAAAAGCUUCUGAUGCUAAUGUCCAUAGAACGGGACCCUUCUGCUUCAGAAACUCCUGAACCUCUUAAAGUUCUCCUCCCUGCUCCCAUCACAUCUCACUGCAGAACCUUCUGUAGGAACCUUUCUUCAUCUUCAUCUCCAUCCAGGAACAACCUGGAGGGAAACUCUGAGAAAACAUCAGGAUUUUGAUAUAAUCUUCUUUGGAGAGGAAAGAGUUUGGCCUCUAGGAGCAGUUUAGAGGCCAAACGGGUCCAGGUCUUAAACCAGGUGUUGGUCCAGGCUUUAAACCAGGUGUUGGUCCAGGUGUUGGUCCAGGCUUUAAACCAGGUGUUGGUCCAGGCUUUAAACCAGGUGUUGGUCCAGGUGUUGGUCCAGGUGUUGGUCCAGACUUUAAACCAGGUGUUGGUCCAGGUGUUGGUCCAGACUUUAAACCAGGUGUUGGUCCAGGCUUUAAACCAGGUGUUGGUCCAGACUUUAAACCAGGUGUUGGUCCAGGCUUUAAACCAGGUGUUGGUCCAGGCUUUAAACCAGGUGUUGGUCCAGGCUUUAAACCAGGUGUUGGUCCAGGUGUUGGUCUCUGAACGGUUCAUGACUGGAUCAGAUCAGAUGGAGGAGCUCCGAGACCGCGAGGAAAAGGAAGAGGAGGAGGAGUCUGCUGUGGUGGCGCUGAGUCUCUGUGGCUCCGCCCCCCUGCUGUGGCGGGUGGAGGACAUGAAGGCAGUGAGGGGGCGUGGCCUGGUGGGGGCGCUGCUGGGUUCACUUCCUCGAACACCGCGACAGAACGGACGAAUGGGACGACCCCUCCUACUACUGCCCGAAGAAGAGAGGAUGCUAACGGAGGAACACGCCGCUGCCGCCAUGCCGGACCGCUGCCAGGGCGGUGGGGGGGCGGAGCUCCGUCAGUAUGAGGAGGAGCAGAGGAGGAGUUUUGAGGAGCAGAGUGUCCUCGCCCUGAAGGACAGGAAGUCAUCACUGCUUCGAGCUAUGACAUCAUCACAUACCGGUCCAGAGGACGAGGAGCUGAAGAGCCGCCUUCAGGCCCUGGACCAGAGCUUUACCUUCCCCCGGUCAGCGCUGGCCGUCCAGCUCAGCACCACCCGGGCCGGUCUGAGCUACUGCCCCGAGGCCCGAGCCUUUCUGGAGGCCAGCUGGCCAAUCAGAGCUCAGCACGGUUCCCACGGCGACGCCAGGUACCAGGUGUUCAGAGACCUGAGAAGGCGGGGCUUCUACCUGACCUCAGCAGGGAAGUUUGGUGGAGACUUCCUGGUUUAUCCAGGUGACCCUCUGCGUUUCCACGCCCACUUCAUUGCUGUCUGUCUCACGUUGGACGAGUCUGUCCAUCUCCUGGACGUCCUCGCUGUGGCUCGACUGGGCUCCAACGUCAAGAAGACUGUCCUGCUGUCCUCACCGGGGAUGGACGGAGAAGUCCAAUACACGUCCCUACAGUGGAGUGGACUGGUCUAACAUCUGGACCUGGGACAUCUGAGACAUCAUCUCGUUGACGUUGGUCCUGAGCAGUUUAUUACAGUGGAGACUCUUUAGGAACUGGUUCCACUACAAAGGACAUUUCUGCUGUUUGUUUCCUGAGGUUAUUUCUGUUUCUUCUUGUGUGGAUUUGAUUGCAGUGUUUUUUUCAUUUGUUUACGCAAAUAAAAGUUUUAUUAUUAUUG